AUGGCCACGCCCAGUACUCCUCUGCAGAGCGGAGGAGAUGGGUUCCAACGAGUGAAGACGACGUCCAUGAUGGAAUCUAGGCCAGCAUCGACCAGACCUCUGUCCCAGGUGUCAGACAUAAAUGACACUGACUUCGAAGAUGAAAGCGAGUUCGAAGACUACUCGCCAAAACCGAGCUUUGAUACAGAUGGUCGCAGAACAAGUCAAACAACACUUUCGUCAUAUGAUGAGGCUCCAACACCAGACUCAAGUCAAAGCCAGCGACCGUUUGAGCUCCGACUCAGGCCCGUGGAGGGACCUCGUGGACCGCAUCUUUUCCGUGUGUCUCAAUCAUCCGCAGACAUGGACUUCGACUACGCGUUACAGAUGUCGCCGCUGCUACCAAAGUACCCGCCACCACGAACGGGUACCGCCUUCUCCCAAGCAACGGUUACGCCAGUAACCCGACAAAGUCAGAUGGAGGAAGACUUUUCCAUUGCAACGGCAUUACAGAACGCACUAAAUGGAUCUUCGGAUGAUGAUACUGAUGCCUCGGAUAGUGUACGAAGCUGGACAUCGCAACAGGUCGUUGACUGGAUGUAUGCUACCGGAAUUGACAAUCAUGUCAUCGAGUGUUUCGAGCGUCAUGAUGUAGACGGUGCGUUGAUUAGCGACAUCCAAUUUGAUGAGCUCAAAGAACUCGAUAUCCACUCGUUUGGCAAGCGCCACCAGGUGUGGAAUGCCAUAUGCGAGCUGAGAGGCGACGAGGCGAGGCCAAGUCCACAGCCUACGCCAUUCCAGGACAUCAGCCGACCUUGUACCACCGCGAACCGUCGAACUCCAAGUCGCAGCAGGAACGCCUGCGAGACACCUGUCGAUAUCGAUGCCCUGCCCACAACACCACUCGGUGGCAAGAAGCGCCGAGGCCGUAAAGCAUCGAAAAAACUUGAUAUCAUCACGCCAGCAGAGUCGGUUUCCAUUGUUGCUAUCGAGCAGCUCCUACCCAAGCCACACACUUGCAACAAAGGCGAAGCUUGUGCCAAGUGGAGAAAGCAGCAACGCGAGCUGCAGCAAUUGAAAGACGAGAAUGGCAUUGGCCGCUUCCCAAUCAGUCCUGGCAAAGGUGGCCGAGUCUUUGUCCGUGGAGACCCGGGAAAUGCCACCACAGCUGACAACAUGAUCCCGAAUGUUCGACUGCUGCCACUGGAGGACCCGCUUCGACCAAUUUCAGAGGCUGUCCCAUCUAUUGUUGCCUCAUCUGAUCUAUUGGGACCUGGCCUGCUGCCUGACUUUGCUCUCCACGCUAAUGUGCUCGACCAUGUGGACAGGCGUGAUCCUCAGGACAACGUAAGGCAGUUCCUGAGCUUCCAACAUCUACAAUCACCUGCGCCUCCUCUCGACGACUCGCCACCUACCCCGCCAGCAGAUUUGUAUCAAACACGCCGGGAACUCAUCGCUCGUUCUCAGUCGGUGCCGCCACUUUUCCCACCUCAACAUCAUCAAGCUUAUCCUUCGCUGAACCUACCAGUACAGACUCCAGGCCCUCGCCAACAGCUUCGACGACUGCCACGUCUUGACAUCCCGGCCCGCUCCGCCACUGCUGGUCCCGAUCUUGGGUCCGCUCUCGCCACAGCUGUACCAGAGUCAGCAGCAACAUCUGUAUGCCGCAGUGUCACUGCUUCCCCUGUCCAGGUCCACAGGCUUAGCACCCCAGCAUCAGAAAUGGAUGUCCCACUCACAGCCAUUCCAGCAGGACCAAUCUCGAGAGACACAUCAGCAUCGGUACCACCAAACAUGCAGUACCGUCAACAACAACAACACAACGCACCUCGUUCGGUCUCACGAACAGACUACUGGCGUCGUCCUUCCAUGGCUCUACCAGCGCUGAACGAAGGCGAAGUAUUCUCACCCAUUUCUGGACUACAGAUGGCACGACCCAGCACAUCUCACCGCAGUAAGAGUGAUGGAGACAGUCGCUCGAGCAUGACCAGCGAGGAGAUGAAGCUACCUAUCGUUCGUGACCCAGCUCACCACAGCCCAAACACACAGCAACUAGGCUAUGGCUCAAACUGCACUCACGCAGGUUGGAUGAAAAAGCGCAAGACCAAGAUGCUUCGGCACGAGUGGCAAGACGCUCACUUCCGACUAAAGGGUACUAACCUGGGCAUGUACCCAAACGCCCUUUCCAAGGCCGCAACAGACAACAUCAACGUGGACGAAUACAGCGUGGCCUGCUCAAGCGUAGCCUCGAACAGCAAGCUCACAGCGGCCAUGAAGGCGUUCAAAAUCCGUGACGAGCAGACAAAGAACAAGGACAAAUUGACGGACGCCACGGCAUUCGCCUUCCAGCUUGUCCCGGCCCCAGCACAGAAAGAUGGCGAGGGCGCGAGAAAGCUGCAGAAAGAAGGCAAGACUCAUCACUUUGCAGUCAAGACCAAGGAUGACCGAAUCGAUUGGAUGAGGGAGCUGAUGCUCGCCAAAGCACGUCAGGCAAAGAAGGAUGGGUUUGAGGUGGAAGUGAAUGGUGUGCAGGCAUGA